CGAACCAAAACAAGUAGAGCGAGCUUUGGUCACAUGUAGAGAGAGCAGCGACAGAGAGAGAAGAGGAAGAGGAAGAAUAGGAAGGAGCAGAAAGCGACAGUCAGGCUCAGCACUGUCCGUGUGAAGGAAGCCUUUCCCCGGGUCCGAUCUGCGGUCGGUCCGCUCCACAUAUGGUUCUCCUCCGGCACAUCUCCAUCGCCCUGACCGCCGCCGUGGCUGCUCUGGGAUCUGCUCUGUUCAUCGCCCUGAACUUCUUCUACAAGAGGCGAAUAUGGUCACCACAGGCGGAGUACUGCACCAUCAAAGAGGAGGAGGAGGAGCGUGGGAAGCGUCAGGUCCUGGUCCUGGGUCUGGACGGGGCCGGGAAGAGCAGCAUGCUGCAGGGUUUGACCCCCGGGGAGGCAGCGGGUAAGAGGGGUCACUGCCGGCCCACCCGCGGCUUCAACUUCAUGAGCCUCAACGCCCCCGCCUGCCAGCUCGACUUCCUGGAGAUCGGUGGCGGGGAGGACCUGCGGCGGUACUGGUUGGAGUAUCUGAGGAAGACUCACGUUCUGGUGUACGUGGUGGACUCCUCCGACAGGACCCGCCUCCCGCUGGCUAAAGCUGAGCUGCACCGCCUGCUGAGGGUGGAGCCCCACCUGCCCGUGGUUGUCCUGGGAAACAAACAGGAUAAGCCCAACGCUGUGAGCGUGUCGGAGCUGCAUGAAGCGUUGUCUCUGAGCUCCAUCACGGAGGAGAGGAGGCUGUUCCUCCUGGCUGCACAGCUGGGCUCUGACGGGGCCCUGAGGAACUCCUGCCGGGGCCUGGACACCUUCCAGGACCUGCUGCUCCAGCUCGUCUGAUCUCACCCACAUGAGCGAGCAUGAGGGAGGAGGGGAUGGAAACAAAGAGAUGGCUUAGAGCAACCUUUCUGGUUUAUUUGAGGCAGAGGAGGGGGAGAUAGUAAAGGAACUGAGGCAAUGAAAUUACUGAAGAUAGAGCACAAUGCCUUGCAGUUCGUCCUUGUUAUCCUCCUGCCCCUUUUCAAAGAAACUUUGUUGGUUUUAGAACAUUCUUCAGCUCAUCUCAUCCUACAAUUUUCUUCCAACUUGAUUAAUCUUAGUCAUCGGAGAGGAGGAGGUGCGUAGCGAAGAGGAUGAGGACAGAAGGAUGAAGGUGUGUUAAUGGAGUGACUCAGAACUUCACCACCUGAUGAUGAGUCAGGCUUCGCAUCGGUCUAAAUGUCACCUGGCGACAGGUUUACUUAAGCAUGUAGAUUGUACUGUAUAUAAGCUGAAACAAUUCAAGUCCGUAGAAGCAGUUUGUUCUGGUUUGCUGUUUUAUGAAAAGUGUAUGCAGCACAGAAGUCAGCAGAGCAAAACAGGUAAUAUUGUGGGUUGCCAAGUUGGAGCCCCCGGGGACUCAGACUCCAACAGCUCAGUGAAUUAAUCGACUAGAAGUUACUUGCAGACUUAAAUUUCUCUGAAUGUUGUGAAGAUUUAAUGGGACGCCCUGACAUUUUGAAAAGCAUUGGGUUAUUUUUUGUGUCAAAAUUCUUAUACUUCUGUAAGUAUCUACACUUUUUUACCACUAUCUUCAUAGGAAUGCAUUUCAUUGUAUUUGGUUAUGUUUUCAGUCCCAACAACAACACAACACUGCCAACUACACCAUCUGACAUACAGUAUAAGCCAAAUAAAUAACUUUAAACUUCAAAAUGUAUCAGAAGAGACUUCAAACAUGUAUGUAUAUGUAUUUAUAUAUAGACACUAUAGGGAAGCAAACAAGGUCAAUGUUUUUAAGAAGGAAACGUUCACAAUUAGUAGCAAAAGCUUUGUUUUUGUACAGGCUUUCAACAGUGAUGUUAGCUUACCAGGCUAAAGCUAAUACACGCUUAACCCAUAGGCUUAACCUGGCUAUGCUCUCUGUCUUUAUAAAAACGUGCACUCCCAUUCUCUACUGUUAGAUCACUCUUUAGAAAACACUUAGACAGGAUCCAGGACCUUGAAUGUAUAAAUGAAUAAUAAGCGUAUUUAUCUUUAUUGAUACUUGUACAGAUGAACUGGAGUUAGCUAGAUUCAGAUUUUGAAUGCUGUACGUGUGCAGCAAUGUUUGCAUAUGACGCACAAUUUUUUUAAUGAAUGUGAUGUUUUAUUCUUAAUGUACUUUAAUUCUGCAGAAAUGUUGUUUCACAGUAACUGAGAGUUUAGUAGAUCGGUGUCAUACUUGAUGUGCUAAAUAAAUGGAACUGAUAUAUGGA